AUGCUGGGCGAAAUAUCACAAUAUUCUGAUGUCCAUCAUCAACAGUUUAAUGACUAUGGAUCAGUUCAAAAACUAAUGAAAGCAUUCUUUGAUUCAAUGGUUGAAUCAAAAAACGUUCCUCGACGGGUUGAUCUCCUACCAAUUUACGAUGGAACAGAAUAUGGCGCCAAUCGUCAUAUAAUCAGCAGCCUCUUUGAAAGUGAUAUAAUACUAACUAUGGAUCAACUCAAAGGGAUCAUUUUGGCUGAACAACGGCAAGAAAAUAAACGACAAAAACGGAAAGUAAUUACAGGAAUUGUAUACCGCUGGCAAACAAAUCGACCUAUUCCAUAUGAAUUUAGAGGAAACAAUGAAAGAAAAAGUAGCAAAAAAUAUGAAAUAUUCAUUUUAAAGUAUUCAGAGAAUUGGAAAAAAACAAUUCGUUCGAGCCUUGAUUUCUGGGAGAAAGAGACUUGUCUUCGUUGGCAAGAAAAUGGCUGGGGCAACGAUAGAAUUAUUUUUGUACAAGGCAGUGGAUGCUAUUCGAGCGUUGGAAGAACGGGAGGACAACAGCUGAUUUCUAUCGGUUUCGGAUGUGAUCAAAAAGGAAUAGUAACGCACGAAAUUGGGCAUUCGUUAGGUUUUUGGCACGAGCAGUCUCGAGCAGAUCGAGAUUAUUACCUACGUUUACAGCACAAGUACAUUGCUCGAGGUAGCGAAGGCAAUUUUGUUAAGCGAUCGAUUGUGGAAAGUGAUAAUAUGGGAUUACCGUUUGAUUUUGGUUCCAUUAUGCUUUACGGACCAAAUGCAUUUUCAAACAACUGGAAACAUGCAACCAUUGAAACAAUAAACAAGAAUUAUCAACAUACAAUCGGACAACGAAGCGGACCAUCAUUUAUCGAUGUGAAACAAGUUAAUCGGUUAUACUGUCAUGGUAAACCAAUAUCAUUUCGACAUUUCGACCGAUCAACUGCAACAGCCUAUGAAAAUCAAUUUUUUUUUUUGAGAGCAAAUAGUAUUAAUGUGUUUUCAGAUCGUUGUUUAACAAUCCUAAGUCUUCCUUGCCGAAAUGGUGGUUAUGCCGAUCCAAAUAACUGUCAACGUUGUAAAUGUCCAUCAGGCCUCGGUGGUCCAAUCUGUGAUGAUGUCCAACCAAGUAGCUGUGGCAGAGAACUGAUUGCCACAGAGACAUGGCAAAAACUAUCCCAUGCGGGGAAAGAAAAAUGUUAUUGGCGUAUAAAGACGAAUAAUGCAAAAAUCCGCUUACACGUCGAAUUAGUUUCUUUUCGCUGCGAAAUUACUUGUCGUUCAUAUAUCGAAAUAAAACAUAAUUGGGAUUUUCAACAAACUGGUUUCCGAAUUUGCUGUAAUGAACAAAUGGAAGUGAUUUCUGAUGGGAAUGAAGUGAUCGUAAUAUUCGAUGCGACAGAAGUUGACAGAGAUGGAUCAUUUAUUUUGCUAUUUAUAAAAGGACGUGAAAACCGACCAUUCAGGAAUAUUGCUGGGUAUGGUAGUGGUGGACCAGUUGAACGCUUCAUUCUCAAUUUCAUUCCAAGAGUUCGCGACCAACGAUAUCCAGCUAUUUCAAUUGCAUCAAUCGUUACCGACUUUACGCUUGAACGAAUUCUUAGUGCAACGGAAUUAAGAAAAAAAAACUUGUUAAAAAUUCAAACAGACACAAAAACAAAAGAGUGGUAG